UUGCAUUCUUUCUUCCUUUCUUUUUUUUCUUUCUUUCUUUCUUUUAAUCAUAUACUUUUCUUUCGUUCUUUCUUUCUUUCUUUCUUUCUUUCGUUUGUUUGUUUACUUGAAUUUUGUAAUUCUUUCUUUCUUUUUGCUUUUCAUGCUUUCUCUUCGUCAUUUUGUAUGUUUUCUUUAGCUUGUUAUUUCUUUCUUUCUUUCUUUCUUUUUUCUCUUUCUCUUUUUCUUUCCCUCUGUCUUUGCCGUUUCUUUUUAAUGUUUUCUUUCUUUUUUGUGUUUUUCUGUCUAUCGUUCUUUCUGCAUUUCUAUAUCAAAUUAUCCUUUUCUUUCUUUCUUUCUUUCUUUCUUUCUUUCUUUCUUUCUUUCUUUCUUUCUUUCUUUUUCCUUUUUUCAGACCUUUCUUUCUUUCUUUUUUCCUUUUUCUUUCAUUCUUUCUUUUUUCCUUCCUUCCUUCCUUCCUUCCUUCCUUCCUUUUUCCUUUUUAAGCCUUUUCUUUAUUUUUUCCUUUCUUUCUUUUUCCUUUUUUCUUCAUUCUUUUUCUUUUUCAGCCCUUUCUUUCUUUUUUCUUUCUUAAGCCUUUUCUUUAUUUUUCCUUUCUUUCUUUUUUCCUUUUUUCUUUUUUCCUUUUUUCUUCUUUCUUUCUUUUUCUUUUUUCAGCCCUUUCUUUCUUUCUUUCUUUUUUUCUUUUUCUUUCAUUCUUUCUUUCUUUUUUUUUUUUCCUUCCUUCCUUCCUUCCUUUUUUCCUUUUUAAGCCUUUUCUUUAUUUUUCCUUUCGUUCUUUUUUCCUUUUUUCUUCAUUCUUUUUCUUUUUCAGCCCUUUCUUUCUCCCUUUCUUUCUUUUUCCUUCUUAAGCCUUUUCUUUUUUUUUUCCUUUCUUUCUUUUUCUUUUUUUCUUUCUUUCUUUUUCUUUUCUCAGCCUUUCUUUCUUUUUCCUUUUUAAGCCUUUUCUUUAUUUUUUCUUUCUUUCUUUUUCCUUUUUUCUUCUUUCUUUCUUUUUCUUUUUUCAGCCCUUUCUUUCUUUUUUCAGCCCUUUCUUUCUUUCUUUCUUUCUUUCUUUCUUUCUUUCUUUCUUUCUUUCAAUCUGGUGUUUUUUUCUUUCUUCCUUUCUAA